AUGUCUAUGGCUGGUUCGAAAAUUAAAUCAAUAUUUAUCUUUACAGAGGCGUUCUUUUUACCAUCUCGCGCUGGCAAGAUGGUUUUGAUAUUCAGAAGCAAUAAGUUUUGGGUUAACAAUCAGUACAGGGACAAGUUAAAUUGGGCCUGUCGUGACAAGGAUUCCAAGGGCUGUUUAUGCAGAGUUCAGACGACUAUGGAAGGUCGUUUCAUCCGUGUGAAGGGCGACCACACUCACAAACCAAAUUUCACUCCUGAUAAUUUCAAUUCCGGCAGCUUAGUCCAAAACAAAAAGCAUUGGCAUUCGCCGGUAUUCACAGGAAAUGUCGAAGACCACUUGUUGUAA